ACUCAGACCGGGCAUAGCCACACCCUCAUGACAAAAAAGGAGUUCGAUUAUUCGCUCUAUCUCGUCACAGGCAGGGAUCUCCUCCCGCCUGCGAAGGACUACCUCGAGAGCCUGGAAGAAGCUCUAAAAGGUGGCGUCACGCUCGUACAAGUGCGAGAAAAGACUGCCGACACCGGAGAGAUACUAGACGUCGCGCGAAAGACCAAGGAGCUCUGCGACAAGUACGAUGUGCCCGUGAUCAUUGACGAUCGCAUCGACAUCGCACUCGCCAUGGGCGCCGAUGGCGUGCACCUUGGCCAGACUGAUAUGCCCGUGCCCAUCGCCCGUGCCUUGCUACCGCCGGAUACCGUCAUCGGCAAGACCUGCAACACUCCCGAGCAUGUCCGCGUCGCGAUAUCAGAAGGCGCCGACUACGUCGGCGUUGGCCCUGUCCGGGGCACCCAAACCAAAAAGGUGAAGCACCCCGUUGUUGGCCCCCGUGGCAUCGGCGAGAUGCUUCAGGUGCUCGACGGCACGGAUGUCAAGGCCGUCGCAAUCGCGGGUAUCAACUCGACUAACGUUUUGCACUGCCUUUGGGGCUCUGUAUCUCCCACCGGUCACCAGCUCGAUGGUGUCGCAGUCGUAAGCGACAUCAUGGCGUCACAAGAUCCGUACGCAUCGUCGAAACGGCUGUCGGACGCCAUCAAGGCAUUCUACCGCUCGCCGCUCCGGACCUUUUCGCAAGGUCUGUCUACAGCACCGUACAAGGUUGAGGGCAUCAAGACCGCAGUGGGCUCGAUCCUGCGGUCCGUCAAGCAGUUUUCUCCCCUCGUACAUCAGAUCACAAAUAAUGUCGUGACGAACCAGUCCGCGAACGCGACGCUUGCGCUCGGUGCGUCCCCUAUCAUGGCGACCGCCCCGGAGGAGAUGGCGGACCUGAGCAAAGUCACCGGUGCGCUCCUCGUCAACUUCGGCACCAUCCAGAACCUGGACGGCAUGCUCGAGGCAGGCCGAAACACGAACAUUAACCGCAAGCCCAUCGUUUUUGAUCCUGUCGGUGUCGGCGCCACGGCAUACCGGAGAGAAUCUGCCCAAGGACUACUGAGUGCAUGGCAGGCGACGGUCCUCAAGGGGAACGCCGGCGAGCUCGCGGCAAUCGCUAACUCCUCAGAGGUCCAGGCAAAAGGCGUUGACAGCCUAGGUCAAGGCUUUGCCGACCCGGCGAGCUUUGUGCGCAAGCUCGCACGGCAGCACCGCUGCAUUGUCGUGCUGACGGGCGUGACCGACUGGGUGUCUGACGGCCACGCCGUCGCACGGCUCUCGAACGGGCACGCCCUCCUUGGCGAGAUCACGGGCUCAGGCUGCAUGGUCGGCACCGCCGUCGCAACGUUCUGCGCCGGCGCGAGCACGGCAGCCGCCGCUGGCCGCGCUGCCGACGCUGAAGACGACGGAAUGCUCGUGCGCGGUGACAUGUUUGUGGCCGCCAUUGGAGGUGUACUGGCGAUAACGAUCGCUGCAGAGAUCGCUGCCGCGCGAGAAGAUGUUAAAGGCAGUGGGACGUUCCUCCCCGCCCUGAUUGACGAGCUCGGAAAGCUCACCGCGGAAGACCUCGCGAGCAGGGCGAACAUCGCGCUCGUUUGAGGCAUAGAGCUACGGAUACAUCAAGUCCCAAGAAGGGUUUGUGAUAUACAACAACCUUGCAUACGUCCGAUGGAUGAAUUGAAUUAAAGCCCUACUUUCUACCUGUUUCAGAACAGAUGACAGAAUUUUGCGUCUCCAAGAUCUUCGAGAAAGGCAUCUCGGGCGUCGGCUGCAACCAGUUUUUCGUAUCAUACACCGCAUGUGGCGGAGACUCGACCAUAUGAAACGUGUACGCAAACCGUGUAUUCGGGCUUCUGUUCUUCUCAGACUUGUGCAGGACGCUCCCAUGAAUUAGCACCAGAUCGCCUAUCGUCGUGAUGACAAAUUACUGAGUAUCGAGCUUGGCACGGGGACGAUAGGGACAUACCGGGCUCGCAUGCCUCCAGAAUGUACUUUCCCUCCGGGCUCGGUGGCACCUGGGUCGCCGGGAUGAGUUCCUCGAAACCUGUGCCUCCUGUUGGAAGGCGCACGAAGCGCUUUGUGAUAGGAGCAGUCUUAUGCGAGCCAGGCAGGAAGGAGAGUGCGCCAUUCUCCGGCGUGCACUUCUCUAAGGGUAUCCAGAAGCCGAGUGCUGAUGGCGGGUCGGUAUACUAGAGAUAUGAGGAUGAAUGAAACUUGUCAGAAUCAGUGUGGCUAUGAUGUGCUGACCAGGAAUGUG